ACAUUGUAAUCUGUAUAUUCUAUAGAGUACUGUCGAAAUAUACGAUAAUAUUAUUGUAAUCUUGGCUGUUACAUUUGUCUGUAGUACUUACACUUUUACAUCUUUAUUACUAAAACUCACACUACACACCGAAUGAGUUAGUGUCCACAGCCGCUGCCAAAGGUACGAAAUCAACUCCCAACUCUGGACUGUAAAUCUCAGUCAUAUUAUGCUGUUCAGAAGGUCGACAACAUGGUCGCAUCUCAUCAUUUUACAUGUCGCUAUCUUAGUAGUUUGCACAACAGGAAUUCCAUUCGAUAACCCGAGGAAUUCGACGCAUGCCAAAUGGAAUACCCACAAUAUGUCCACGUGGGACUACGUGGCUUCAUUAAGCGCAAACUCCAAUACCCUGCCAUUGCUCAAUGUCAAAGUCAACAAAAAGAUUAUGUCGGCCGUGGAAAUGGAAAAAAUCGAAAACGAUACGCUUAAACAACUCAGUUACUUGAAGGGAAACUACAGCAAGAACUUCAACAAGACAGACGACAAGUUAAACAUGGAUGAUGCCAGAGCUUCUCAGCCCGAACUGCCGCCUUUCAUAGGCAAAGUAGUUGAGCUCCUAAAUAUUAAUCAAAUAGUCUUCCAGGGACCGACCAAAGGCAUGUUUGAUGUGCCGUGUUUAGCAUGCCAAAGCGGCGUCGCUCUGCUGCAGCUUUUCAUACGUAAGGGUAGGACGCUUGAUGACAUCAAGAUAAUGGCAAAUGACUUCUGUAAACGUUUAAAUAUGCAGACGCCUCGUGUCUGCGAUGGCAUCACCGAUAUGUUUGUUGGUGAAGUUGUAUAUAUUCUGAUGAGAACAAAGAUGAAGCCCAAACAAAUAUGCAGUUUUGUCAUGGGAGACGUCUGCGGAGACGAGUACGACCCCACUCACGAUUGGGAUGUGGUGUUCCCACCGGUGCCCAAACCAACUCCCACCGAAAUCAAAAUUCCAAAAGAACCAAUACCUCAGUUCAAAGUGUUGCACCUGUCCGACAAUCAUUUCGACCCUCACUAUGAGGAGGGAACGAACGCCGAUUGCAAGGAACCGCUGUGCUGCCGACUAACCAAUGGGCUGGCAGCCGACAACCAGAGCAAAGCUGGGAGAUGGGGAGACUACGGGAAAUGCGACACCCCCAAGCGCACUGUGGAUAAUAUGCUGCAGCACAUCGUAGCUAAUCACGCCGACAUCGACUACAUUAUAUGGACUGGUGAUUUGCCGGCUCACGACAUCUGGAACCAAACGCAAGAGGGGAACUUGGCGAUACUUAAGGAAUCCGUCCAGCAGAUGAUGACCAUGUUCCCGGGAGUGCCCAUAUUCCCGGCAUUGGGCAAUCACGAAUCGGUUCCGGUCAACAGCUUUCCGUUUAGUUCCGCGGUGAACACUCCAGAAUACAGUAUCGACUGGCUAUACAGCGAACUGGACACGCAAUGGCGUCGAUGGCUGCCGGACUCGACGAGCAGGACCAUCAAGCGAGGGGCGUUCUACAGCGUCCUGGUCCGUCCUGGUUUCCGGAUUAUCUCGCUUAACAUGAACUAUUGCAACAACUUAAACUGGUGGCUGCUCCUAAACAGCACCGACCCUGUCAAUGAGCUCCAGUGGUUCAUAUACGAGCUACAGAACGCAGAGUUCAACGGUGAAAAAGUACACGUACUCGGGCACAUACCACCGGGAAGUUCGGAAUGUUUAAAAGUCUGGAGUCGCAACUAUUACGCAAUCAUCUCCAGAUAUGAAAGUACGAUAACCGCUCAGUUCUUCGGUCACACGCACUACGACGAGUUCGAAAUUUUCUACGACACGCAAAACUUGACCAGACCAGUGAGCGUGGCUUACGUGGGUCCGUCCGUCACGACCUAUAUGAACUUGAAUCCCGGUUAUCGGAUUUACUACGUGGACGGCGACCGAAAACAAUCUACCAGGACAGUGCUGGAUCACGAGACGUGGGUGAUGAAUCUAAAAGAGGCGAACCUAUACGAUUAUCCACACUGGCAGAAAUUGUACUCGGCCCGGACGGCGUACAAGUUGCCAACGCUGUUGCCACGAGACUGGGACGCGUUCAUCAACAAGCUAGCCGUCGACCGGGAAACGUUCGACUUGUACUACAAGCACUAUUAUAAAAACUCGCCGUUCCGACCCGAGUGCAACGCCGAGUGCAGAACGCGCAAGAUAUGCGACCUCCGUUCGGGUCGCUCUCAUGACCGGGAAACCUUGUGCCAGGGAAUCUAGUCCCGGAUCCACCACGAUACAUUAUGUUAGUUCAAUUCAUUAGAUAAACGUCAUUAGAGAAAGACGUUUACAUAGGUAAAAUGGUACAUUCAGUGUACUAAUCAAAUGCAGCCCCCCAUUUUUUCAUUUUACAACCCAUAUUUAAAUGAAGUAGUCCUCCAGAACCUGGACUAUGUAGAAAAUGCUGCUUGACCGUUGACUUCUUAAGUUAAUUAUAAAAUAGUUUACUUAUGUGUUUUUAUAAUGUUUAUUUUAUUUUUAUUAUUUAUGAUAAUAUGUAGAAUUUUCAGCAGCAAGUUCAAAUAUUAUAAUCUGUAUACACCUACAAACCAAUUCAGGUUUUAAAUGUCCCUACAUGUAAAUUGUAUAAACGAGUAUACAAAUAUGUUAUAUUAUUAAUAAUAUAUUCUAAUAGUUAACUAUUCGAUUAAAUAUUCAAUAGACGUAGCAACUAUAUUGUAACGAUCGUAAAUAAACCGCGAAUUUCUCUGAUUUAAAACUAAUAUUAAAUCAAACAAUUUAGCGUCAUUGCCAUAAAUAGGAGGUGUCAUAAAGACAAAUUUCUUAUCGCUUGGUAGAAAACACACAAGCACUAUUUAGCCGGCAGUAUUAUCAUAAAAUUACUGGUGACUGAUAGUGAUUGCAAAUAAGGAUGCGGUUUGGAGUCGUCGGUCAUAACUACAUUAUAAAACUGCUGUAAAAAAACUCUGAAUCCGCUCAUUAUUAAAGUUAAUAUAUAUGUGUGUUGUAUAACGGCAGUCGCCGAUCGUUCUUAUUAUUGCAUGUACAAAAAUCUUACAGAAAAAGUUUGGAAACGUUUAUCUUUCGUGUACACGUUAUGAUACACACUAGCACUAUAAUAAUUUAAUAUAA